UUCAAAUCGGUCACUUCCGGUGAACAACUUGAAAUGUUUUGGUUUGGAAGCUAACGUUAGCUCGAUAGAUAAAACCUUUAACUUCAGGUACUUUCAUGGUUAUUUUUCACCUCAGACAUUUUACCGUUGUUCACAUAUUGAGAGCUAGCAGAAGAGUACAUUUAGCUAACCUCAUGUUAAAGUGAGACAAAACAACGCAACGGUGACGCGUUAGCUCAACACACCUGGAUGUGUAGCUAGCUUGGUUAGUCGUUAACGCGGGACGUAAAAGGGAUUUCCGUGUGAACUGUGCAUCUGUUGGUCUCGGGUUUUCCCUCCUCGGCAGGUGGCUUCGAUGGGCGUUGACCAGACGGAGCCGGAGGUACCGGCGAACGCAUUGGGCAGGCGGGUGUCCUGCGGCGGGGAGCGGGCCACAGUGCGGUACGUGGGCCCGGUCCCACCGACAGCAGGGCUGUGGCUCGGCCUGGAGUGGGAUAACCCUGAGAGGGGCAAACAUGACGGCAGCCACGAAGGAGUCCGCUAUUUCACAUGCAGACACCCUAAAGGAGCCUCGUUCGUCCGUCCUGCCAAAGUGAGCUUCGGCGUGGAUUACCUGACCGCCGUGCAACAGGCGUACGAGAUCAACACAGAGGAGGUGCUGAGUGAGGAGAUCUCCAUCUCCUCUAAGAAGCUCGAGUGGGAGGGCAUCAAGGAGCGCAGCUUGGAGAGCCUUCCGACGGCGCUGCUGAGCCGCUCUGAGGUGAACGGCGCCGGGGCUGAAGGAGAAAUCAGGAAGACAACGCCCAACAUCCAGUGGUUGGACCUGAGUAGGACGCUGUUGUCGUGCUGGGAGGACCUGGCAGCCAUCGCCCAGCAGCUGGACCACCUGAAGGGAAUCCAGCUCAACUACAACAGGCUGUGUUUGCCCUCUGACCCCUCGGCUCACUGCCAGGCUUUCAGCAGCCUCAGAGUCCUGGCGCUCAAUGGCUGUGACCUCACCUGGCCACAGAUCCUGGAGUGCGCCCCCAUGUGGCCGCAGCUGGAGGAGCUGUGUGCAGAAGAAAACAACAUCACAGAGCUGCAGAGGCCCGAUGAAGUGCUGCAGUCGCUGAAGAGCCUCAGUCUGUCCUGUAACCCUUUGGUGCAGCACAGCGUGCUCAGCUUAUCUGCUCUGCCCAGACUGGAGCAGCUGAAUCUGUCCAGCACCGGUCUGUCUGUCAUCAGAUUCGAUGACGCUGCUCCCGGAUCUCAAACAGCCAUGUUCCCAGCACUGAAGAACCUCAGCCUGGACCACAACAACAUCUCUGAGUGGUGUGUGGUGGACGAGCUGGCUAAGCUUCCCAGUUUGGUCCAGUUUUCGUGCCGUGGAAACCGACUGGUGAGCAGCGAUGGAAACCUCAAAACAGCCAAUCAGAUGCUGAUCGCCAAACUGGGGAAACUGGUCAUCCUCAACAGCUGCAAAAUCCAACCUGAGGACAGGAGGGGGGCGGAGCUCGACUACAUCAAGAUGUUUGGAGAGCAGUGGCUGAAGGCAGGGGGGCAAAGUCAGUCCAGCACAGAGUUCAACUGUCAGCACCCACGUUACCAGAGCCUCAUCGACAAGUACGGCGCCAUAGAGGAAGGCGAGCUCAAGAAGCCGGAGCCAUUUGCCCUGAAGAAUCAGCUGUUAAAGAUCACGUUCGUGUUUCCUGACGACGCCGACCGGAAGCCAAUCGAGAAGAAACUCCCAGCCUCCAUGCUUGUGCAGAAGGUGAAGGGGCUCCUGUACAGGCUGCUGAAGGUCCCUGCAACUGAUCUGAGGCUCACCUACACCAGCCCCAGGACCGUGGGGACAGAGUUCGAGAUCACCGGUGACCUGAAGAGUCUGCAGUUCUACUCCAUAGAGGACGGAGACCGGGUGCUGGUCCGCUGGGCCUGACCCGGACUACCCGUUGAACAACCAGAGCAGAGACCGAACAGGAGCCUCUGGGCCUGACGCUCAGCAGCUGUGGACACUACAUCUCUGCUCCUGUUGGAGAAGACGCACAGACUCCCACCGAGGUGGAUUCAGUUCAUCAUGGAUUUGUUAGCAUGUUGCGUCAGACUUUAAACCCCAGACAUACAACUUUCAGAAAAGUGCAUGACAGAAUGUUUUGACUCGACUUUGCUUCAGGGCCACAUUUACAGUCAGCACAGAACCACAGGAACAAGAUGUGCAGUAAAUUCAAGGUCCCAAAACAACUUUGCUUUGUUCAGUUAAGUGCAACAGCUGGAGGUGGUGGAUUAGCUGUGGUCACUGGCAGCGUACGCCGGGUGAGGUAGAGUCACGUGAUUAGUUCCCGUGUGUCUGAACCUUGAUCAAGCUCCAUUUCCUGCAUAAGGUCAUGGGAUAGGGUCGAAAGCUCUGUAACAAGCAAGGAAGUGAAACACUGGGCUUAAAGCUACAGUACGUGACUUGUUCCAGAUACUGUUGUAGAUUUUCACUUUCCAAAACACUGAGAUGAAUCUUCCAAAGCCGACUUCACACCAACCCGCCCUUCACCUACGAUGAGCCCAGCGAUGUUCCUGACAUCUGUGCACUGUUUUUACAUUGGAGACAUUAACUUUGCUCCUGUUGUCACAAGGUGUUAGAGGCCAAUCAAAGAUGGCAGCCCUGUGAGCGUGGCUCCUAAAAACAACAGCAAAAAAGGCUUUCCCCAAAGUUUCAUGUGCACAUAAUACUUCUGCCUCCAAAUUUGUUUAAGGCAAAAGGUAAAUACAUUUAGAUAAUACACAAUGACGACUGCUGAGCAGACACUGAAAUCCAAGGCGAACAAAUCCAGACUGCUCAUGCUUUGUCAAAUUUCUGUUUCUAUGUCAGUAUCUCACUGAGUAGUUACGACCAACACCGGUUCUUGGUGGCUCUGGUUACCGAGGAACUGGCCCUGGUGUAUCAGAGGUGGUGGUGGUGGCUGUGAACGUCACACAUGCUUCAGUUCAUUCAGACGUGUCUCCACUGCACACUUUGUCCAGCAGGGGGCGCUGUUUAGCCUCUACACUGUAAAAUGUUUUAAGACGGCUCCAUCCAGUUCUUUAGUGAAGCUUAAGGAAUUCUUAAAAACGUUAUGUGUUCCUGUAGAACAUUGGCCAAUAUAAUACAGAUGUAACACACUGGUGUAUAAAAGGCCGUACCAGUGGGGCUGAUGUCUGUUUAUAUCCAAAAUGUGCACAGCAAACCUUUGUACGUUUUAUGUAGGAGCAGAUGAAAGUGGCCUCGUUGGAUGGGAGUCUGUGGCCGGCAAAUUAAAAUGAAAUAAUCACAUUGA